AUGCUUCUCGGCGCUUUUGCAACCCUCGUAGGUCUCGCUGCAGGCGUACCUUCGAGUUCACAUGCUCGUGCAGCGCAAGCAGCUGGAGAUCUUGUUGUCACUAAGGUUCCCGACUAUGUGCGCCCCUAUGUCGUGCGUGCAUACUCCCUAGACGGAGUUCGAGUCGGGUCUCAAGUCUACCGCUUCCCGGUUACCGGUCCUUCUUCGGACUACGCCUUCACACUUAUCAGCACUGCUGCCCCGGCCAGUACAAGCCUUGGUGUACUGCCUCAUACUCACGCGAUCCACUACGAGAACUUCUACUGCCUCAAGGGACGGUACGCUCUCUGGACGAGCAAAGACAACGCCACAUCAGGAAGGAUCCUGACACCGGGUGACUACGGUGCCGUUCCUCAUGAUACAACCCACACUUUCCAGCUGCUUGAUCCAUUUGUCGAGCUUGUCGGCGUGAUCCAGCCUGGUGGUUUCGAAGACCUCUUCUACUUCCUCGCGAGCGACAACUACACUUCCAGCACCAACUCGCCCUUCCCACAAGGAAAUUUCUCCGAUCCCGGAGGCGACUCCAGCCUAAUCACCACACUCGAGGGCUACGAUGUUUACGCAGAGCUGACUUUCAGCCCACCGAUGGACUUUGGCGCAAACGGUGCUACUGAGGAGGAUGCAAUCUGGCACAGCGGCAGCAAUGAGCUCGGUAGUGAUUCUAAGACACCCUUUUUCAUCGCCAAGGGUUACGGACCAAAGUAUCUCGCUGGCGACAAAGAUUCCUCAUACACCAUUGUCGAGCCUUUUAUCACGAGCCAGCAGUCUGACGGCAACUUCACCGAAGGCACCAUGACUUUGUCGAAACCUGCCACAGGAGCUGAGCCUGCUACAUAUUCGCUGCCCGGCCAUACUGCGCUUGAAGUCGUUGACGGUCUAGUCAGCGUUGACGUUGGUGGUUUCGAAGGCACUACCACACUCUCUGUUGGAGAUGUUGUUUUCAUCCCUGCCAAUACUACCUUCAGUUUCUGGGGCGAGUCUGUGUACUCGAAGGUUCUAUAUGUCGGUGCUGGAACAGAUACAGUGGAUGCUAGGAUCAGGAAGGAUGCUAAGGAGUGGGAUUCAGUUACCUGGCCACAGUAA